UUCGAGUGCUACAUCGUGCGUUGGCCGAAGCAGUUGCUCUUGCGUUCAAGUACAACGCAGAUGGUACAACAAAAACAAAACACGCUAAAGUGUAUUCGUAUAACAAAAACAUUGUAGUACAACAAUGAAAUCACGAAAAAAUGCCGCGAAACUAACUCCAACUGUAAAAAACGAAUGCCAAACCGACUUUUCGUUGCCACUCGUUGUCUGCAAUACGAGUAUACGGCAACAAAUUCAAGUUCGUCACUUUAUCUAACGGUUUUACUGCACUCCAACGCACGCCAGUGGGUCUGUUUCGUUUAAUGCAAAACGCUAGCUGGUUCUCAUAGUUGUUGGUAUUGUUGUAUCGGCGCGCCAUUCAACCGUUGUAUGUGUUGUCGUGCGCAUUGACUUUCGGUCUUUUCAACAUCACUGCUGUCGCCUCGUUUGAAUGUGAGGAAACAGUGUAUUCUUGGCGUAUAUAGUAAACAAAAAACGGCGAUAAGUGCUUAAUCGCUUCUUAAUCGAGCGCGAGUGCGUACGCAUAGGUUCGGUGGAGUUCCGUUUUAUUCCGUUGUAGCGACAAAUAUUUAUUUAGUAGCAAUUUCGCGUUCGUGUAAGUCAAGGUGGCGCACGCCGUGUGUGUUGUAUGUGUUUGUGUAUAAUUUGAGUUCAACUGCCUGCAAGUGACAGCUGACUGACUUUUUUAUAUUUACAAAAAAAUCGUGAACUUUUAGUGUGUGUCAAUAUUUGCGAAUUUAAUUUGUGUCUUUAAAAAUCAUUUUUCCCACAAUGAAUACCACUUCACCCAAGUCAUCGCUAGCCAAAUUGGGUAUACACACGACCAAGCAUAAAUCCCUGAAGGUGAUGGUGUUGGGACAAAGCGGUGUUGGAAAAUCUGCUAUGGUUGUAAGAUUCAUUACUAGACGAUUCAUUGGUGAAUAUGAUCCCAAUCUAGAGAAGGUCUACACCCACAACACCACUUUUGACAAUGAGCUCAUACAGUUUGAUAUACUGGACGCAGCUGGACAACCCAAUAAAGAAGAUUGCGUCAGUUUGGACACAAACAUACGUUGGGCGGACGCCUUCAUACUAAUGUACUCGGUGACCGAUAAGUGUAGUUUUGAUGAAUGUAAUCGACUGAAAUUUUUAAUCAACUAUAAUAAAAGGAGACGUAAACUUGGAUCAAAUAGCAAGGAUUCGCUCUCGGAUGUGCCAGUAAUAUUGGUGGGCAACAAAACGGAUCAAACGGGCGAUCGUAUGGUGAGCAUUGAGGAGGGCCAACGACGUUUUCGUGAUCUAACAUGUGUCUGCUUCCAUGAGAUCUCUGUCCGCGAGAGUGUCGAUCAAGUUCAGGCAGUGUUUCGUGACAUAUUUCGCUUUUGGCGUGUCUUCAGCAAGUUUCCCAAACUGAAACGUUCCACCAGCGACGUACAAAAUGCUUCCGAUUCAGCGUUGAGCCCCGAUUCGGGUUGCUCCUUCUACGAUCCGUCAUCGUAUAACAGUGAAACACGUAGAUCCUUUUUCAUAAAUGCCAACACCUGCCUGGAGGAGACCGAUCACACAGAAUCCACAGAUGAGCUCGGUUCCGGUAGCCUAUGCAGCUCUCGUUGCGAAAUAGAUACACCAUUCCGCAGUAGAGCUUCCACAGAUGGCACAUUAUUGUCGCGUCCACGUCGCUGGCGUUAUCCACCACCCGGUUGUCUAGCACACACCAAUCGUGUCGAACGUCGCAUGAGCAUCUCAACUCGUGGCAGCAACGCCAGCUAUUGACUACUAAUGCAUCACUGAGUGGCGCUCGGUUUCAAUAGCAAGCAGUAGUUGCUGUGACAAGAUUUUAUUAUUUACACUAUUACAAGGCUUUGAAGGUUCAAUAUGCUAAAUGGGGGCGCGUUGCACGCUUAUUGAUAGACUAUUUGUUAUAAAAUGUAAAUUAUUUAUUACGAUUACAUUAAGAUAUAACUACAUAUGUAAUGCUGAUGUUUUAUACAUGUAUUUUUCUAUGUACUGAUUGUAUGUAUUUAUGAGAUAAGUAUUUAUUAAAGGUUUCAUAGAUGUAUUGACCCUUAUAUUUACAUAUACAUACAUAUAUACUUGCUUGUAAGAAUGAAUAAUAAAACUUAAAAAGAA